AUGCAGACCUUCUUCAACUAUCUGGACCAAAGUGGCGGGUUCUUCUAUGAGCGUUGGGGAGAUGCGGUGAUUCAUUCGUUGGGUGUGGGUCUGUUUGCGGACAAGUCGAAGGUGCGAUGGAUGGAGGAGAUAGGCUACUCACAUAACCCGUUUACCUACUGUCCUCUGCGCGCCGAGACAGCUCAAAA